AUGCAGUCCGUGUUUGCCGCUGUUGGAAAUCAAGCUUCAAGUGAUUUCUUUAUCCAACUAGAUGAACCCAAUAGAGUAUACUUUCCGGGAGACGAAAUAAGAGGGGUCAUUCUUAUUCGCGCUUCAAAGCAAAUAAGGUCGUCGUCAAUACGUCUUCGGUUCAAGGGCAAGGUGACCACCAAUGCACGCGAGUCUCGAAUGUUCCGAGUAUUCGAUAACUCGGUGUCUGUUGAUGAGCUUGAAAAAGUCGGGUAUAGUCCUCACCAGAGGUUUGCUUUUAUGGCAAAUUUGCCGCAGGGAACAUUACCUUCUAUUUAUUCGUUUAAUGGUGGUUCGAUAAGCUAUACUUUUAAAGCGACACUGCAUUCUUCUUGGUUGCCCGAAAAGUUAUCGAAAAGGUGUGCAGUUAGCGUGAAUGUAUUAGAUAGAAUUGACAUUCAGGCCUAUCCUGCGCCUGUGAUUAGACCAUUUCAAACAGAGGUCAAGGUGAAGAAAAAGAAGACUAGGGGAAUUGCAUUUGUUGAUGUGUUGGUUGGGAAAGGAGCAGUUUUGCAAGGCAAGUCUGGGGUAGAUAAUGGGAUCGUGUUCUUUUGUCAAAGCAUCCCUAUUCGCAUUCAUAUUAAACAUGUUGCUCCAAUAAAAAAUCUACAAGGAGUUACCGUUGGAUUUUACAGGACGACUGGCUUUGUAAUGAAAGAUGGCAGUAGAGAAGAGAAACACCCCAAAGAACUUGUGUCGACGGUCUCGCCUGUGCUGAUCGAUCCAGACACACUUGAAACCAACAUUAGUACAAAGAUAACUGUUCCCAAGGAUAUUUCUCCUACAAUUUCAAAUGCCAAGAUAUUCUCAAUAGGUUAUUAUGUGGAAAUCAUCGUUGAUCUGACGGCAAAAACAACCAUCUACGAAACAUCUAGCCGAAAUUCAAAGAAAAAAUUUGGUAAAUCGCACGGCAGAUUCGAAGUACCAAUUGUUGUAGGCACAAUCGAUAGUAGUUUAACGGCUCCGAGGAGAACGUCUGUUCGUCGUUCAUCUAUUCAAUUUCCAAUCCGAGGACGUCAACAACAAAACAACGUAUUCUCUAAUGAGUGGGCGGCCAAUUCAGCUGUUUCGCUGAAUGAUCCGUUAUUAGCGCUUCCUCCAUCCCCGCCAUAUCGACAUUCAAGAGCUAUAUCAUGGACCGGAUCGGUCUCACCCGUGCCGUCGGCUCCAUCAGUCGAGGAGGUGGGACAUUAUGAUGAUUUUGGCAAACAAUUUUAUCCACAGAACCAGGCGGAAGUGAAUGGAGUCGCUUAUGAUGAUUGGUAUAGUGAUUCAGAUGGGAAACCAUACGAAAGUCACGUUUUAGUCAAUAGAGAAGUGAGCCAAGAAAGUGCGAGUGAGGAUCAGAGAUUGUAA